UGACAUUUUCUAGAACCAAAAAAGUAAAAAACGAACUGCGAAUUAAUGUUAUUUUGGAAUUGCUGUAAUAAAAUCUAAUAUUAUUGUGAAAUUAUUGCUGGAUCUGUUAUUCAUUUGUUACAGUGUUUAAGUAUUCUAAUUUCUUUUUAAUUAGCAAAGGUUGCAUCAUGCUUUCCCGACUGUGCGUUUCCCGAAGCGCGUUCAGUGUAACUCAUACACUUAAAACUCCUAUACCCCAAAAAUUCGUGCCCAAAAAUUAUGUCGUACGAAACUAUGCACGCGAGCCACGCUCCAGGGUAGCCACACGCUCACAGCCUACAGUAUGGGAACGAUUGAUGGCCCCUGCUGGACCAAAUGCUUUUAGCUUGGGCAAAGGUGCUUUGGCUGGUGCAUCAGCUGUGGGCAUUGGAGCAUUAUGUUAUUAUGGAUCUGGAGUCAAACCUGGCACGCUACAAGAGGCACACCUAUGGCCCCAGUAUGUAAAGGAUCGUAUCAAAGCAACAUAUGGGUACAUUGCUGGAUCACUGGUUCUCACAGCUGGUAGCGCUGUUACAGUUUUUAGAACUCCAGCUCUUCUCAACUUAGUGGCUCGCAAUGGAUGGAUGUCAAUCAUCAUGACAAUGGCUCUGAUGAUUGGAUCCGGAAUGGUAGUCAGAGGCAUGGAGUACAAGCCAGGGUUUGGUGCUAAACAGCUUGCGUGGAUGGCACACACGGGGAUCAUGGGGGCUGUCAUUGCUCCAAUUUGCUUCCUUGGAGGACCAGUUCUGAUGCGUGCUGCUUGGUACACAGCGGGUGUAGUCGGCGGACUGAGCACGAUAGCAGUGUGCGCUCCCUCGGGAGAGUUCCUGAACAUGCGCGCUCCGCUGGCCAUGGGGCUGGGGGCAGUGUUCGCCGCCUCCUUGGCCAGCAUGUUCCUGCCGCCCACCACCGCACUUGGAGCAGGAUUAUAUUCUCUAAGCUUGUACGGUGGCCUGAUAGUGUUUGGUGGGUUCCUUCUGUACGACACGCAAGCGAUUGUCAAGCGAGCCGAGAUGCACCCCACGUUUGGAUACCAACCCUACGAUCCAAUUAACUCCGCAAUCUCUGUGUACCUAGACAUCCUGAACAUCUUCAUGCGCAUCGCAAUGAUCCUGUCGGGAGGCGGAGGAAACAAACGGAAGUAAACGGAGCCGGAGGACAAAAGUUUUUAUUUAUUAGAUAACCGAAAUUAGCAUGCUAAAGUUACGUUUGGUUUUGGACUUAGCUUAGCGAAAUUCUUUUGCUUAUUUUCGGCCAUGGAAAAUUGUAAGGUGUUGUGAUAUUGUAUGAUAUUGUAAAGAGUAAUGACGUAAGAUAUUGUUAAGUAUGCGUAAAUAAACUGUAUCCUAGUAUAUUUCUGUAAUAAAUUGGCAAGUGACUAUU